UUUUUAAGAUUAUUUAUUUAGUAUGCAGUGCUCUGCCUGCAUGUGUGCCUGCAGGCCAGAAGAGGGUAUCAGGUCACAAUAAAGGUGGUUGAGCCACCAUGUGGUUGCUGGGAAUUGAAUUCAGGACCUCUGGAAGAGCAGUCAGUGGUCUUAACCGCUGAGCCAUCUCUCUAGCUCCUGAUACAGAUUUUUCAAAAGGAUUGUUUUUGGUAUAUUUGCCUGUUUAUGCCAUAAUUGAUUGAAUGUUGAACAGUAAUAUUUUCCUAUGAGCUGUGUAAGUUUUUUUCUUGAUUAUGUUUGUUCAAGAAUGUAGUUUAUAUUAUUUUCUCUGAAUUAAUGCAUGAAAGGUAAUGUCUAAAGAGUUUUCAUAACACAGGAUUUAUUUUAGAAGCUGCAUCCCCCUCCUCUACCUCCCACCCCCAUAUAUGAAUUGAAAGUGAUACAGCUGCAAAAGAUUCUGGGAGGAAAAAGGAAACAUGGCUCUUUAACAAAUUGUUACAUAGGAACAGAACUUUUUGUCCAUCUUGUUAAUUCUCACUAUACUUCUGAAACUUUAGAGAAACAAUGUUUCAACAGGCCUAGUCUACAAAAUAAGAGGAAGUGGUACCUCUGGUGACUUGGAGCAUUUUGAGUCUGCUUUCUCAGUGCAGAGCUUACAUGCUGACAAAAGGAAGUUCCUUGAUGUGGGAGAGUGCUAAGGACAGGGGAAAUCAUUACUUCUGUGGACUUGAUCGUCUUUUUAUCUUACUGGAUACUGGUACUACUCCAGUUACAAGAAAAGCUGCUGCACAGCAACUUGGAGAAGUGGUGAAGCUUCAUCCUCAUGAACUAAAUAAUUUGUUGUCUAAGGUAUUAAUAUAUUUAAGGAGUACAAAUUGGGAUACCCGGAUUGCAGCAGGACAAGCUGUUGAAGCUAUCGUGAAAAAUGUGCCUGAAUGGAAUCCAGUGCCAAGAACCAAACCAGGUACCUUUAAAGUAGAAAAGUAGUUUGAAAUAAAGCAUGACUGUAGAUUUAAGUAUAGCAUGAAGUGUGGUUUAUUAAUUUCAAUUUUGAUUUAAAGGCUUAAUUUUCAUGUUUAGUUUUGCUAGGAAAGAAUAUUGAAUAAGAUAGUUUUGCC